AUGAUGCACGCCUAUCCACCCAGUGCACCAGUCUCUCAGAGGAUACCGGAGGAUCUUGUGGCAGGCAGGUUCUCGUCAUCGACCGGAAAGUCGGAAGGUGAGGCGCAGAAAGGGGUGACUGAAGCGAUGAAGACGGAGGAGGCGGUGACUACGCCGUCCUUCCUGCCCGAACUGGAUCAGUGGUUCAAGGAGCAUGCAGCCGAGUUGGAGGCUAACAAGACCGCAAAGGAGCAGGCCGAUUCGGGUUCAAAGUUGGCUGACUUUGUCAAGAAAUAUGGACCGGCAAUUUAUGAGAAACUAAAGGCGGUUCAGACUGAAAAACCAAGUCAGUAA